GUCUCCAUUGGCUUGUUGACAAUGGAGAAACAAAAUUCUUAGAACUUUUUGUUGAUCCUUCUCUUUACCCAUUCAAAAUAAUCAAAACUGCCCAUCUUCCCGUCUUCAAUCAAAUCAAUCAAUUCUGAGACUAUGGCGACGACCACCGCAAAACCGCAGCGAUCGCCUGAGGAAAUCGAGGACAUAAUCCUACGCAAAAUCUUCCUUGUAACCCUAAUAGAUUCAAUGGGGAACGAUUCACGAGUUGUUUACUUGGAGAUGACGGCAGCUGAGAUUUUAAGCGAAGGCGGUGAACUGAGACUUUCUAGGGAUGUGAUGGAACGAGUUCUUGUUGAUCGUCUAUCAGGUAAUUUCACUUCUGCGGAAACCCCUUUCCAGUACCUAGUUGGGAUUUAUCGUCGCGCAUAUGAAGAAGGGAAGAAAAUCGCUAAUAUGAAAGAUAAAACAGUUAGGGCUCAGAUGGAGCUAGUUGUAAAUCAAGCGAAGAAAUUAGCAGUGUCCUAUUGUAGAAUUCACUUAGGUAACCCCGAUAUGUUCGCCGAUUCCCAAAGAGAUAAAUCGAAUGUUUCUCCAUUGUUGCCCUUGAUUUUCUCGGAAGUUUCUAGUUCCAUUGAUACUUUUGGUGGUGGUAGUAGUGGUGGUGCCUCUUCUCCUCCUGGUUUUUUGGAUGAGUUGUUUAGGGAUUCAGAUUACGAUUCCAUGGAAACGAUCUUGAAGCAGUUGUAUGAGGAUUUGAGAGGGACUGUACUCAAGUGUUCUGCUCUUGGAAACUUUCAGCAGCCAUUGAGGGCUUUGAUGUACUUGAUAAGUUUUCCAGUUGGUGCUAAAGCUUUGGUGAAUCAUCAAUGGUGGAUUCCCAAAGGUUUUUUCAUAAAUGGCCGUGCUAUUGAGAUGACAAGCAUCUUGGGUCCUUUUUUUCAUAUCAGUGCUCUUCCUGAUCAAAGUUUUUACAAGAGUCAGCCUGAUGUUGGCGAGCAGUGUUUUAUGGACUCAUCAACAAGACGCCCUGCUGACCUUUUAUCUUCAUUUGCAACAAUCAAAUCUGUCAUGAACAAUUUAUACGAUGGAUUGGCAGAAAUUCUUAGGUCUCUUUUAAAGAACACAAACACACGAGAGAAUGUGCUCCAAUAUAUUGCAGAAGUAAUCAAUAAAAAUGCAUCAAGGGCUCAUAUCCAGGUUGAUCCUAUGUCUUCUGCAAGUUCAGGCAUGUUUGUGAACCUUAGUGCUGUUAUGCUUCGAUUGUGUGAACCUUUCUUGGAUGCAAACUCAACAAAGAAAGACAAAAUUGACCCUAAAUAUGUCUUUUAUGGUUCUCGUUUGGAUUUCAAAGAAUUAACUGCUCUUCAUGCAUCUUCGGAAGAAGUUACUGAAUGGUUAAACAAAAACAAGCCAAACAUUGAAGAAAACAGGUUGCUUCAAUCUCAAGAAACAACAAGUUCUGGUCAACCAAGUCAAAGCUAUUCAUUUAUUUGUGAAUGUUUCUUUAUGACUGCUCGGGUUCUAAAUUUGGGUCUUCUGAAAGCUUUUUCAGACUUCAAGCAUCUUGUCCAGGAUAUUCAAAGAUGUGAAGAUAGUUUAGCAACCUUGAAAACCAUGCAAGAGCAAACACCUUCUCCUCGAGUGGCUCAAGAAAUUGCUCGAUUUGAGAAGGAAAUCGAAACCUUAACACAGGAGAAAUUAUGUUAUGAAGCUCAGAUACUGAGGGAUGGAGGACUACUUCAACAGGCAUUAUCUUUCUAUCAGUUAAUGGUGGUUUGGUUAGUGAGUCGAAUUGGUGGUUUCAAAAUGCCUUUACCUCAAUCUUGCCCCAUGGAAUUUGCAUGUAUGCCUGAACACUUUGUGGAAGAUGUUAUGGAGUUGCUUAUUUUUGCUUCUAGAAUCCCACGUGCUUUAGAUGGUGUCAAAUUGGAUGAUUUUAUGAACUUUAUUAUCAUGUUUAUGGCAAGUCCAGAGUACAUUAGGAACCCUUAUCUAAGAGCCAAAAUGGUUGAAGUCUUGAAUUGUUGGAUGCCUCGUAGGAGUGGCUCAUCUUCUGCUACCAGUACACUUUUUGAGGGGCACCAACUCUCUGUUCAGUAUCUUGUGAAGAAUCUUUUGAAACUCUAUGUUGAUAUUGAGUUCACAGGAUCCCACACUCAGUUUUAUGACAAGUUUAACAUCCGCCAUAACAUUGCUGAACUUCUAGAAUACCUUUGGCAAGUCCCUGUCCACCAAAAUGCUUGGAAACAGAUUGCAAAAGAAGAGGAAAAGGGUGUUUACUUGAACUUUUUGAACUUUUUAAUCAACGAUAGCAUCUUUCUUCUUGAUGAAAGUCUGAACAAGAUUCUUGAGCUUAAAGAGCUUGAAGCUGAAAUGGCCAACACUACUGAAUGGGAGCAAAGAUCAGCACAAGAAAGACAGGAGAGAACUAGACUUUUCCACUCUCAAGAAAAUAUUAUUAAGAUUGACAUGAAGUUAGCCAUGGAAGACGUGAGCAUGCUUGCCUUCACCACUGAGCAAAUCACAGCCCCUUUCCUCUUACCCGAAAUGGUUGAAAGAGUUGGCAGUAUGUUGAAUUAUUUCCUGUUACAGCUUGUGGGCCCUCAAAGAAAAUCAUUGAGCUUAAAAGACCCUGAAAAAUACGAGUUUCGCCCAAAACAAUUGCUUAAACAGAUUGUCAACAUAUAUGUCCAUCUGGCAAGGGGCGAUCACGAGAAUAUUUUCCCAUCCGCCAUUACAAAAGAUGGACGUUCCUACAACGACCAGUUAUUUACUGAAGCUGCAAAUGUUCUUAGAAGAAUAGGUGAAGAUCCAAGACUGAUACAGGCGUUUGAUGAUUUGGGGAAAAAAGCUAGAUCUGCAGCAUCCGAAGCCAUGGAUGCUGAAGCUAUUUUGGGAGAUAUUCCAGAUGAAUUUCUCGAUCCAAUCCAGUACACUCUGAUGAAAGAUCCAGUCAUUUUACCAUCUUCAAGAAUCAUAGUAGACAGACCCGUGAUUCAGAGGCAUCUUCUCAGUGACCCUACGGAUCCGUUCAAUCGAUCACAUCUUACACCGGACAUGUUGAUUCCAGACACGGAGUUGAAACAAAAAAUAGAAGAAUUUGUGAGGUCACAACAAAGGAAGCAAGAAGAUCUGAGCAUGCAAAGCAGCUCUAAAUCUUCUAUUCAAUCACCAGAUGCUACAAGGCCUUUAAUUGAUUGAUUAGACUCUAGUUUUACAGUUUGUAAUUUCUUGUAUCUAUUGUUAGCAUCUCGUUCGUUGUUUGCUAUUACUUACUCAAAACAUUUUCUUUUUCUUAAAACAACUUGUAAAAUUUUUAAUAUCAUAUCAUAUCAUAGAAAUUAUCAUGUUA